GUUCCUGUGGGAUGUUGAUGACUCUGUUAGGAAGAAAGCAGUUACAUCCUGGAAAUUUUUGGCUCGUCCAAAAACAGAGGGAGGGCUAGGAAUUCGAGAUUUUGCGCUCUGGAAUAAAGUGUGUGUGCUAAGGCAUUUUUGGCCCAUUCUAGCUGAGGAGGGUUCACUAUGGGUGGCCUGGGUUCUGCGAUACAGGGUUAAGCAAUCCUCUAUUUGGGAUAUUAAAGAGUCAGCUGCUGGUUCUUGGAUUUGGAGGCGAAUUUUGAAGUGUCGCGAAAUGGCCAGACCAUUUAUUGAGCAGAUUGGGGAUGUCCCGACAUGGGAUGGUGAGAUAAUGAAGGUUUACUCGGUUAGUAAGGUCUGGAACUCGGUAAGGCAGCAUGGGGCUCGUGUUCCAUGGGUUGAGUUUGUCUGGGGAAAGCAUAUUGUGCCUCGUCAUGGAUUCAUACUAUGGCUCAUCAUACAUGACAGGUUGAAAACGCAGGAUAAGUUGAUUGAGUGGGGGAAACACCUAUCGGGUUUGUGUUACCUUUGUCCAGGGGGGUAUUGAAUCACGAUCCCACCUGUUUGUGAGUUGUUCUUUUGUCAGAUGUAUGAUGUCUUCUCUUUUGAAGUGUGCAGGUCCUCCUUCAGAGUUGGUUGACUGGCAAUCAGUUCUGGAUUGGUGUGUGUCAAAAUGGCAGGGUAAGGGAGUUGCAGUGAGCUUGAAUAGGAUGGUAUGGUGUGUUGUGUUAAGCCUUGUCUGGAGGGAACGGUGCUCAAGAAUGUAUGGAGAUAGGCUUGCCAGGGAUCCGAUUCAGCUUUGUGAUGAGGCGAAAAAGAUUCUUCGGUGUAGGUGCCAAUUAGACCCGGCUUUAUUCAACUGUUUAGAGUCGAGGGGGUUGGGGUAGUUGAAUUUUGUUUUUCUGUUUCCUUGUGAUGGAAGUCUAUGUACAGACAGUUUUUGCCUCGAGAGGAGCCUUAGCAAUUUGCUAAAGGUAUCCCUGUUAUUAAUGCCAUUUUGAUUUAAUUAUAAAAAAAAAAUGAUGUGGCACUUUAACGGAAUCAGAAACACAGGCCUUUUGUUUAAUGAGGCUUCAGCCCAUAAAACUUAAAUGAGCUGCGAAACAGAACUGGACAGCUUCUGCCGAAAUGGGCUCCAACCUAACCAAGGCAGGAAAGCCCCUCAAUGGGUCUCUUAUCAGCCUUCCAUGAGAUACGUGGCUUUCACCCGUUGGUCCGACGUUGAGUUUUUGCAUCAUUAUCCCAAAUAAAAAAUAGCCAAAGAGGAAACGGAGAGAGAAAUUGCAGCGACACCUACGUUUUUCUUCGAUCUCCCGUCAACCAAGGGGUCGGACCGUCGGAGAGAAGGGAAGACGUCCAUUUUUUUUUUUUUUGUCUCAGUAAGCGGGAGAGUGCACGUAACUUUUUCGCUUGCCAAUGGCUGAACCGGCCGAGACUUCGUCGAGCUCCGAUCACACGGCUGCUGAUUUUUCGGCUCACGAAAACCUCAAGCAAUUCCCGGAACCCAAGUUCUCUGGUUUCCCGGCCUAUCCAAAUGCUCACCUUCAAAUGUUCCCAGUCCUGUACCCUACAAUAGUUCCCGGGGUAACUUCGUUUCCCAACCAGCAACAGAUUACUGGCGGGGCUGGGAUCUAUGCAGUCCCGGUGCCACCUUUCAAUGGACCGAUUGCAGGACUCCCGGCGAAUACCCUUAUUCCUCUUACCUUCUCUAUACCAACCACACCGCCUCCUGAAGCAGGUUCUGCAGGUGAUCAUGGACCGGUCGGGCAACAACCCCAACAUCAACAGCAGGCCCAUGCACCUCAUAGACAAGUUGCAGUAAGGAGAUUUCAGAUCGCGUUUCAGCUGGACUUGUUCCUAAUCCUUAAGCUAGCUGCUGUGAUAUUCUUGUUCAACCAAGAUGGAUCAAGACAAAGGCUCAUUGUCCUUGUGCUUUUCGCCUCACUUGUUUAUUUAUAUCAAACAGGAGCUCUGACACCACUGGUGAGAUGGCUGUCACAUAGUAUGCAGAGAGCAGCAGCACCCCCUCGACGACCUCAGGCUGCUGCCAGGGCUGAAAAUGCUCCUGCUGCUAGGCUGAACGAGAAUGCACCUUUAGCAGAAGGAGACGGUGAGGAGGAGAAUCGGGCUGGAGUAGAUGGUAACCAGAGGGCUGAGAACGAGAAUGUGGAGGGUGGUGAUGGAGGCAAUCCUUGGUGGGGCAUUGUGAAAGAAGUUCAGAUGAUUGUGUUUGGCUUCAUCACUUCUCUUCUCCCUGGCUUUCAUAAUAUAGAUUGAAGACCUGACCAAGCAAAUCAUCGGCUGUAAGUGAGACAGUCUUUAACGGGGAGAAGGGAUUAUCUUCUUUUCUUGCCCCCUUUCCUUUGUUUCUCUUUGGCCAAAAUAAUUUAUAGACUAGCUCCCAGCAUUGUGUUGCACAAAACAAUGGGGGAGGCCUACACAGAGAAGCUGAAACUGCUGAGCAGUAGUCGUGAAACAGAGAAAUGAAGUGCAAUGUACAUUACUGUUUUGAUUGCAGUCCUGUCAUGGAAUCGUGAUGUGCCCUAAUUUUGAAGUUUUUGCACAAAUGAUCAAAUCCCCACUCCUGGUCCUUUAAAGUUAAGGGGAUGCUAACUUUCCCCGAGUUUUCGUCUCUGCAAUAUCCAUGGAAGCCCAGCAAUGCGUUAAAAUAUAUAAAACAGAAUUGCUUUCAGAGUUGAGUGUCAAUGCAUUACACAAUAAAGCAAAAUUACAUGA